AUGGCGCAGGUAGGCCUGGGCGUGGAAGAGAAAAAGAGUUUUGGGGAGAUUUUGGAUGAGGUGGUUAGAGGAGUGCCUAGUUCGGAAAAGAUUUUCAUAGGUGGCGAUUUCAACGGGCACAUAGGGUCUUUGUCGUUAGGGUAUGAUAAUGUGCAUGGGGGUUUUGGGUUUGGGGUUAGGAACGAUGAGGGUGCUGCUUUUUUGGAUUUUGCGAGAUCUUUUGGGUUGGUGGUAGUGAAUUCCAGCUUUCCAAAGAAGGAAGAGCACUUGGUUACCUUUCGUAGCAAGAUAGUCAAGACUCAGAUCGACUUUUUAUUGCUUAGAAUGGGGAUAGAACUUUGUGUAAAGAUUGCAAGGUGA